CCAUCCCAUCACCUCCAGCCUUGAUAAUGCCACCGGUCACUCGCUCCACGCGCCGCAAUCUUCCCACCUUUCUCCAGGAGUCGUCAACUCGCCAGUCAACCACGUCUCCGCCGCUGCGUCUCAGUGAACCCACCCGAACCGGCUACCCCGGUCUCCUCGACUGGAUCACCAUCACCUCGGCUCUCAUCUGGGACCAUGCCAAGCAGACCGAUGCCAUCGAUGAGUUUUUUGACCAGCUACGGGGAUAUAGCUCGGACCACCUCCGACUCCGGCGUUCCCGCUCCCUCGAAGCCCCGAACACCGAAUAUCUCAUGAUAGAAUGGAAACACGCGUCGACAAGAGCCAAGUUCAUCGCCUCCGACGCCUACACCACCCUCAUGAAUCUCCUCGCGCAAUUGACCCAGGGCCGAUCCGUGCAUUUCUCCCUGGUGGACUUCUCGGCCACGCGCCAGUACGCCUUCCACCUCGACCACCGGGGCCCCGUCGACCACUUCGAGCUCUUGAUGGUCUACUUCCCUCGCCACCUAUCCGAGCAGCAGAGCAAAGGGAUCACGCACUGCGAUCAACCGUUCCUCCUGCGCGGCGGGUUUCCCGGGCAGCCGUACGAGGGGAUCGAGCCGCUCCCGCCGUACCAGUUGGUUGACUGGACGCGCGGAUGGUUGGUGCACCCUCCUCCUCCUCCUGCUGCUGCUGCUGCUGUGGACUUCCGGGGCCAUCGCGGCGCGCGGUGCCUGGUCUACUUUCUGCGGUGGAAUGGGUGGGCCGGGGAGAAGAGCUACAAGUCGAUCCACGAGACGCAUCCGGUGGAUUGGUGGGGGGAGUUUUUGGCGCGGUUGGAGGGGUUGGGGAUGUUGGGGUGGGAGAGUCAGCAUGUGCAGUUUUAUAGAUGA